AUGCAUAACGAAAUCCCAUUUUGGCUUGACGAUAUAACCAAGAAAAUGAAAGAUACCCAUAUUAAAAAUAGCAGUAGCGAUUCAUCAAAUCAUGAAAUAAGGAAACCUUCAAAUUACAAAUCAGAGAACAGCAACAAACUGGAUUGGGGCGAUUCUCCGGCUCAGACUGGGAUAACUAAUGACUUCCUUUCUGAUCUUCUGCCGCAUUAUGUUACGCCGCGCCACAGACGAAUGAAUAACAUCAUAGACAAUGACUUUAGUGACGUCAUUAUCGGCCGGAUUUCGAAGAAAUCGAAAACUAUCCCAUCUAAAGUACAGAAAAGGAACUCUAGGAAAGAAAAAGAUAAUGACUUCGUUAUUCCGGAACUACCUCGGGGUCGAUUGUUAGAAAUCAAAAUUUAUUCCAAUUGGGGUGAUAAGUUUUUAGUUGGCUUGAACGGCAUCGAACUUUUUGAUGUGGACGGCGAAAUUGUUGAUGUUGAGAAGAUAUGGUCAGAUUCGGAUACGGGCGAUUGCACGAAGCACGGCCGCGCUGAGAGCAUAGUCGACGGCGUGGUGCGCACAAAGGAUGACAGGCACAUAUGGAGCGCUCCUGCGCCAGGGGACGCGCCGAUCGCACUCAGUAUUCUGCUGGCUAAGUGCACCACGCUCGCCUUACUAAGGAUAUGGAAUUACAACAAGUCGCGUAUUUAUUCUACGCGGGGCGUCCGUCUAAUCCAAAUGAAGCUCGAUGACCAAGUGGUUUUCCAAGGGGAGAUCGCGAAGUCCAGCGGCGAGAUGAAAGGACUCCUGCCGACGUUCGGUGAUGACCCGAGCAUAUUAGAGCGCGUGCUGCUAAACGACAAACACUUCCAAAGCCUGCUCAGGGAGAACGACCCGGCGAAGGACUACUGCAGUUUGGUCGAAAAGCGACCGCCCACCGCGAACGACGCCAGCCAUAUGAGCCCGCCCAUUCUGGAAGUUUCCACGGCGGAGUGCGACACGAAAUACGUGGCCAAGGCGAUGAAAUUAUCCCUUAUGUCCAACUGGGGCCACAAGCAUAUCAUAGGGCUGACGGGCAUAGAAGUCUUGAACUACAAUAAACCGGUGAAAGUGCAUAGAGCAUUCGCCUACACUGCGUACAUAAGCGACGACACUAUGGAGGAGGGUGGCGGGCUGAUAGACUGUAGGAAUCUGUUUAAUGGCAACAACAUCACUACGGAUUUCAAUGACAUGUGGUGCACCAACUUCUCGCCCGGCACCAAGUUCUGCCAUAUCGUCGUCGAGUUUAAUGAACCCACCGAGAUUUCCAGUAUCCGAAUCUGGAACUACAAUGCCAAUUUGGAGUUUUCGUAUAUCGGGGUGAAGCACGUUCGCUUUCAUUUGGACGGCAGACCAUUGCACUACCGCCCCCUACUACUUCGGCGGGCACCGGGGGAGACCUGCUACGACUUUGUGCAGCAAUUGGACCUCGCCGCGAUUGACCACGGAUUGGAGGACGCUAGUGAUACCGAAAGCUUCAUAAUGGACUGCUUGGGUUACGGCAGUGGUGUGAACUUCGGCGCCCCAACUGGGUUCGUGCUGCAGCUGAGCAUAUUCUCUACCUGGGGCGACCCUUAUUACGUGGGCCUCACGGGCGUCGAGCUGUACGAUCCGCACGGGAACAUCAUUCCAGUUAACGAGACAAACGUGUGCGCGCACCCGGCCAGCGUGAACGUGCUGGGCGGGCGGGGGGCGGAGGGGGCGCGGGGGGGCGAGAGGGACGCCAGGACGCCCUCGCGGCUCGUGGACGGGCGCAACGCGCUCGCCCGCGACGCCGCGCACUCGUGGCUCGCGCCCAUACUGCCGCGCACGCUCAACAGGCAAUGGCCGCUCCGUUAUACGCACACGCUCUAC